AUGGAGACGGCGGCGCCGAGCGAUGACGUAAGGGGGCGGAGGCGCGUCGCGGUGACGUCAUUACAGAGCGCCGAGAUUCGGGAGCGACGUUGCCGUGGAGACCGAGACGCCGCCCUGCGGGGAGAGGCCAUGGCCUCCCGCGAGCGCACGGCCGCCGCCCGGCAGCGCGGGGACAAAACGCGGACCCCCAGCGCCGCUCCUCCGGACGCGGCCCCCGGGCGGCUGUGCGAGGCGCAGUGGCUGUCCGUGCUGGCGGCCGAGGAGCGGGACGACGUCGUAGGGGACGCGGUGGCCGAGCUGCUGGGAGCCGUCGUGGAGCGCUGCUUCCAGGCCGAGCUGGACCGGCAGUGCGUGCCGUUCGCCGUGAGCCAGGCGAGGGCCGAGCUGCUGCGGGAGGCCGCGUGGCGCUUCCCGGUGCGGGACGAAGGCGACGCGGAGCUGGAGGCGGCCGGUGCGUGGCAGGAGGACGAGGAGCCCCCGCCGGGUGCCACCGACGCCUGGGCUGAGGGUGCCGUGCCCACCCUGCGAGUGUGUCCGGCCGCAGGGCACGCAGAGGUCUCCAGCACCGACACGGACGCCGUCCCAUCCGAGGCUGAGGGGGGCGGCGUGCCACUGCCCUCCCCGACACCGUUGGUGCAGGAUGAGGUGCUCGACGCUCCCCAGCCCUCCGAGGGAUCUGGCAGCCCCCCCGUGCCAGCCCUGCUGCCGGCCCCGCUCAGCCGCAGCACGGCCCGGCCCCGGCGCCUGCCUGGCAUCAAACACCCAGGGCCACGGGUGUGGGCGGAGAUCAGCGAUGCGGCGGAAGCUGAAGAGCAGGGAGUGCCACAGCCCCCCUCCUGCAGCGACCUGAUGGCGAUGUGGGCACGGAAAUCUCCGCGCAGUGAGGGGUGGGCGUGCGAUAGGCGCAGCACCGCUCUGCUGCACCCCUCCACGCUCCGGAUCCGGCCCCACGUGGAGGUGUUGGAGCCGGGCGCAGACAUCGAGCGGCAGUCGCGUCCCCUCCGGCACCGGCGGCAGCCCCGCGGCUCCUCUGGGCAGGAUGUGGGGCCGGGUGCCUCGCGGUCGCCCCGAGGGCUGGCGGCUGUGGAGGCGCCGCGGCUCUUACCGCCCAUCGCGGGGGCCGGGCAGCCCGGCAGCUCCCGAUCUCCGGUGCUGGACUCCUUACUGGGCACCGUCCGGCUGGCUCCCGGUGUCACCAUCAGGCACGGAGGCAGCGAGGGGCGCGGGCUGCGCCUCCCUGUGAGCAGAGCGGAUGCGGAGGAGGAGACGGGAGAAGCCAAGAGGGACCUGAGGCCCCUCCGCCCCACUUUGCCCUUCCCUGCCAUCGCGGUCAGCCAGGUCACCGGCAAUGGCACACCUUGAAU